AUGUCGCAAGAAGAUAGCGGGGGACAUGAGCAAAGUAGUAGAGGGCCUGAUCAAAGCACAAUUAUUCGGGCUAUGCAACAACAAUUUGAGCGAAUGAACAUGGUGCUCAAUACGAUUAAUGACCGGUUGGAGAGGCAUGAUGAGCGGAUUGACCAGUUGCGACAAGCUCCCAAUCAGCAACCAAGGAGGAACAAUAACCGACAGCCAGCACCUACUACUGAUCCAUUUGAUGGCCACGAGGAGGGAUCCUAUGAUGAUGAGGAUGAUGUGUCUUCCAUUGCCGCAAUGAGACGAGCUCGAGGAGCAAGGGCUGAGAUGCCAUGGCGCGGACGUGGAAGGCGCCAAGAAAGAGACACCGUUGAUCGUAAUAUGGGGUCCAUCAAGCUGACCAUUCCUCCAUUCCAAGGCAAGAGCGAUCCCGAUAUUUACAUCGAAUGGGAAAGGAGGGUUGAACUGGUUUUUGAUUGUCACAACUACUCCGAGGAGAAGAAGGUGAAGCUUACAGCUGUGGCAUUCACCGACUAUGCCAUAGUUUGGUGGGAUCAAUUGACGGUGAGUAGACGCCGAAAUGGAGAGCAACCUAUUGACAAUUGGGAGGGCAUGAAAGCUGUCAUGCGGAGGAGGUUUGUCCCAUCCCAUUACUACCGGGAUUUAUACUUGAAGCUGCAGAAUCUUAAGCAAGGGUCUAAGACCGUGGAGGAGUACCACAAGGAGACGGAGAUUGCCAUGAUUCGCGCCAAUGUUGAGGAGGAUCGAGAGGCAACCAUGGCUCGGUUCAUUAGUGGACUUAAUCGGGAGAUUGCCAAUAUUGUGGAGCUGCACCAUUAUGUGGAGCUUGAAGAAUUGGUGCACAUGGCUAUGAAGGUUGAGAGGCAACUCAAGAAGGGGGGACGAUCGUCAUCCAGGUUCGAAUCCUCUAAUUCGAAUUCGAAGUGGACUCCUAAGUUUGAAGGAGCUGGACCUAAAUGGGCUGGUUCGAAGCAAGAGGAGAAGACCAAGGGAGACAAGCCCGCAACCAAGCCAUCAUCUGAUUCUAAGGAGAGGGGUAACUCUUAUUCCCAACCUCAAAGAAACCGUGAUGUAAAGUGCUUUCGUUGUUUGGGUUCUAGUCAUUAUGUUUCUCAAUGCCCGAACAAGAGAGCCGUGAUUAUGUUAGAUAACGGGGAGAUUGCAAGUGCGGAUGAGCAUGAGAGUGACACUGACUCUAUACCAUCACUUGAAGAUGCCGAUGAUGUGGAGCAUGCUGUAUCGGGUCAAACUCUUGUUGUUUUGAGAGCUCUACAUGUGCAAACCAAAGAAGAUGGUGAUGGGCUACAAAGAGAGAACAUUUUCUACACUCGAUGCCACGUGAAGGAUCGAGUAUGUGGACUGAUUAUUGAUGGAAGAAGCACUGUGAAUGUGGCAAGCAAGCUGAUGGUGGAGAAGCUUGUUCCUAUGAUAGCCAGCCAUUUGUUACUCGGGAGGCCAUGGCAAUUCGAUCGAAGAACUACACAUGACGGGUACAAGAAUCGGUAUAGUUUCAUCAAGGAUGGUCGAAGCAUGACACUUGCACCGCUGCCACCACAUCAAGUGUUCGAAGAGCAACUCCAAAUCAAAAAGUCCAGUGCUGAGAGUUCAAAAGAAAGUAAGAGAGUGGCUGAACCAAAAGAAAAGGAGAGAUGUGAGAGUUCAGCCUUGAAAAGAAAAGAGGGGAAGAAAUUGAGUUUCUUCACAAAAGAAAGAGAAUUAGAAAGUGAGUUUGAUGAUGUGUUUCUUGAGGGGACGCCACCGGGAUUGCCACCAAUCCGUGGGAUCGAACAUCAAAUUGAUUUCAUUCCAGGAGCGCCCAUUCCAAACCGGCCAGCAUAUCGGUGUAAUCCCGAAGAAGCAAAAGAACUCCAAAAGCAAGUUGAUGAGCUGCUGACCAAGGGCUAUGUUCGAGAGAGCAUGAGUCCAUGCUCUGUGCCCGUGUUGCUUGUUCCCAAGAAAGAUGGCACAUGGAGAAUGUGUGUGGAUUGUCGAGCUGUGAAUAAGAUAACGAGUGGAUACCAUCAAAUUCGCAUGAAAGAAGGAGAUGAGUGGAAAAUAGCAUUUAAAACCAAGAGUGGAUUGUAUGAGUGCAAAACUGAGCAUGAUCAUAUGAAUCAUUUGAGGUGUGUUCUUGAGGUGCUAAGGCAUGAGAAGUUGUAUGCUAACCUUAAGAAGUGUGAAUUUUUCUUGGAAAGUGUUGUUUUUCUUGGUUUUGUCGUAAGUUCCAAGGGUGUGGAAGUGGAUGAAGAGAAGGUGAAAGCAAUCCGGGAAUGGCCUACACCCACUACCAUUGCUGAGGUCCGAAGCUUCCAUGGCCUUGCUGGGUUCUAUCGAAGAUUUGUGUGCAAUUUUAGCACCAUAGCUGCUCCUUUGACCGAGAUCAUCAAGAAGGAAGUUGGCUUUAGAUGGGGCAAGGAGCAAGAGAAUGCAUUCAAUACCUUGAAAGAAAAGCUAAGUUCUGCUCCUUUACUGAUUUUACCGGACUUUUCUAAACCUUUUGAAAUCGAAUGUGAUGCUUCCGGUAUUGGUAUAGGUGCCGUCCUUAUGCAAGAGAAGAGGCCUAUUGCUUACUUCAGUGAGAAGCUCAACGGGGCUGCGUUGAACUACUCCACAUACGACAAGGAGCUCUAUGCUUUGGUGAGGGCUUUGGAGACAUGGCAGCAUUACUUGUGGUCCAAAGAGUUCAUCAUUCACACCGACCAUGAGUCCUUGAAGCAUUUAAAGGGUCAAAGCAAGCUGAACCGAAGGCACACACGUUGGAUCGAGUUCAUCGAGAUGUUUCCCUAUGUGAUCCAAUACAAGAAAGAUUCGGGGACGAAUCCUUUUGAAGAAAGGGGGAAUGAUAGGGUUGAGCCGGUCGUUUGA